CCUCCUCCCGCAGGAGCCGCGCCCGACGUAAUCGAAAAAUUUGGGCGGAAGGUGCUUUUCGGCGAAAUCUACGAAAAAACGGCACUGCAGUACCACUGUGAGGCGGUGGACGACUUGUGCUUUAAACUCCUGUACGACAUUAUGCCUGCGUCAACUUACCCAAACUCAACUUACCCAAAAAUUUAACUAACCACUUUAAUUAGCUACUUAGAGUCCGAACCUACUAUCCGGCGCCGCUCAGUCUACACUUACUAGUUGAGGUAAAUAGCUAUUUCGAAAAGGACGUUUUCCGGCGUGUGUAGAAGGCGCAACCUCCGCUACCAACGAUCACGGAUCCCCUCCCCAACGAUGCUGUGUCUCAUGAUAAAACUCCUUCGAGUUGAUGCUAUCAAAUCAGAUUAUAUUGCUUUUGCAUGGGGCAUAGCAUCGGGGAAGCAGUAUACUUUUAGGCAUGGACCAGGGGGAUGAGUGAUCCCCCUCCCCGAUGCUAGGUUUUGGAUUGACAAAAAAUCACCCUACCAACGUGAUUAGACAAAAAAGAUGCCUCGGAUUUUUUUCAAUUCAAUGGCAUAAAUGAUAGAAUAUCUCAAUACCUGUCGCAUGCUAUCACUUCGUGUAUAAAUCCAGCCAAGGUAUGAAGCUUGUGAAUGGUGUCGCAACGCGGUGGCAACGCAGCUCAGCCUCCGCGAUCGUUGGCAGCGGAAGGGAAUCCGUGAUCGUUGGUAGCGGAGGUUGCGGGUUCUACACACGCGUGAAAACGGUCUUAAUUAGCUAUAUGAAGUUCUAUCUAGCUAACCAUAGCUACUACUUUUAGGCAUUACAAAUCAGCAUGCUUUCUAGCUAUGAAAAAUCGCUAAUAAAGUUUUUGGGUAAGUUGAGUUUGGGUAAGUUGACGCAGUCAUAGACAUCCAAUUAUCAGAGUGCAUAACGACCCCCAUCCAAAAAUGUUGAGAGGCAUGAGCAGCAACACAAGCCACGGCAGAAAUGUGGCUUCCGCAUGACAAAUCAUUGUGCGUAGUCCUGUUUAAGGUGAUUCCAAAUAAAUUUGCCAUGCAGAAAGUGCAAAGAGGCAGCAACUGGACUUGGUAUUUUGCAUUACAAAUGAGGCGAAGGGGGACGAGUUGUGCACUUUCAUACCACUUUGACGUGUACGCCAAGGGGGUCGUGGCGGGGGACACGUUUUACCUCCGGGACGUGGCCAAGAUGAAAGACCAGGAGGAAGACGAUGAAGAAACCUCCAAAAGCGCUGGGGCGAAAACUAAUGAUGUCGUAGAAGUGGUUGAUGCGUGGUACAUGCGGGCGGAGGUGAAUGCAUUGGAGCGGAAAAGGAAGGAGAGGCUGGCGCGCAGGCACGGUGACACGGAGCAGGGUUAUCGGUUUGAUGAGAAACUGGAUGGUAAUAGAGCCGACACAAACGGCGACGACGAGGUGUCAACUGGUAAUAUUUUUAACCAGACGAACACCG